CAAAAUGUCGAAGUACUUUGCGCCAACCUGCGUCACUGUAAUGAUGGAAAACCUGUUACACUGGCAGGUUUCCUCCGUAAAUAGAUGUAAAUGUACCGAAUGAAGGUUACGCAGUUACUGGAAGCAGGCAUUACUGUCAGGCAAUGUAAAAGCUUUGCUAUGAAGUUUCAGUGCAAUACUCGUUAUUCAGAAUUCGCCUUGUGGAGAAUUAUACCUGCUACUUCUGUUGACUUUUGAAAGUUGCUGGUGUGGGGAAGACUUUGCAGCUCAUUCUCUAGCGAAGUUUGAGUUGAGAAUAUGGAGAAGAAGUUUAUGGUGGAGAUGGAGCCAGGACGAGAAGGAAUUAAUGGUGAACCCUCCGUCAGUGCUGUUUACAGACAUAUAUGGGCUAAGGAUGGCUUUCCCCCACCACUUCCUGGCUUGUCAACCUGCUGGGAGAUUUUCAGUGCUGCUUGUAAAGAGAAUGCCUCAAGGCGAAUGGUUGGGCAUAGGGAAAUGAAUAAUGGAAAGGCCGGUAAAUAUGUAUGGCAAACAUAUGGGGAGGUUUACGAUCAAGUUUUGAAGAUAGGAGCUGCCAUGCGUGCAUGUGGCGUGGAGCCAGCAGGAAGAUGUGGGAUUUAUGCAACAAAUUGCCCUAAGUGGGUAAUAGCAAUGGAGGCAUGCUGUGGUCACAAUAUUAUAUGUGUUCCUCUCUAUGAUACACUUGGAGAAACUGCUGUUGGGUACAUCUUAAGCCACGCUGAAAUUAGCAUUGUAUUUGUUCAAGAUAUAAAGAUUCCUGAAUUGUUAAAGUCCUUGCACAAGGGUACUGGACAAGUAAAGACUCUGGUUUCCUUCACAAGAUUUACCAGUGAACAAGAGGAAGAAGCUCUCAGAUUGGAAAUCACAGUAUAUUCCUGGGAGGAGUUUCUAAAAUUGGGAGGGGAAAAUCCUACAGAUCUGUCACUGCCUCUAGCUCAAGAUAUCUCAACAAUUAUGUACACAAGUGGCACCAGUGGAGAACCAAAGGGUGCUAUUCUGACCCAUGAGGCGCUUGCCUUAACUAUAGCAGGAGCUGAAUAUGUUUUUGAACACUUUGAUGAAAAGAUGACAACUGAUGAUGUAUAUUUGUCUUUCCUUCCUUUGGCUCAUAUAUUUGAUCGAAUUAUUGAGGAGUUCUUUUUCUAUCGAGGGGCCUCUGUGGGAUAUUGGCAAGGGGAUCCUAAACUACUGGCAGAAGAUUUACUGGAGUUGAAGCCAACUUGUUUUGCAGGUGUCCCCAAGGUAUUUGAUCGUAUCUAUGCAGGAGCAACAAAAACCAUUAAGGAGAGCCGCAUAACAAGGAGAAUGAUUUUUAGUGGUCUCUAUAACUACAAACUUAAAUGGUUGAAACAAGGAUGCAAGACACAUGAAGCAUCGCCUUUGGCAGAUGCCAUUUUUUCUAGAAAGAUUAAAGCAAGACUAGGAGGUCGGGUACGCCUGAUAUUGUCAGGAGCAGCUCCCCUGGGUAAUGUAGUGGAGGAAUUUUUGAGGGUAACUCUUUGUUGUCAUGUUUUGCAAGGAUAUGGAUUGACAGAGACUUGUGGAUGGAGUUCUGUUUGUUUACCAGAUGAAUUUUCAAUGUUAGGAACAGUUGGACCUAUAAGUCCAAACACAGAACUACGUCUUGAGUCUGUCCCAGACAUGGGUUAUGAUGCAUUGGGAGCCAUUCCUCGGGGAGAGCUCUGUUUUCGAGGAAAAACAUUAUUCUCAGGAUAUUACAAGAGAGAUGACCUCACUAAAGAAGCUUAUAAAGAUGGAUGGUUUCAUACAGGGGAUAUUGGUGAAGUGCAGCCAAAUGGAACAUUGAAAAUCAUUGACAGGAAGAAGAGCCUUUUUAAACUCUCGCAAGGAGAAUAUAUUGCAGUAGAACAUCUUGAAAAUGUUUAUGCUCUAUGUUCCUAUGUAGAAGAGAUAUGGAUUUAUGGCAGCAGCUUUGAGUCAUGGCUUGUAGCUGUAGUUGUCCCAGAAACAGUGGAGAUUGAAUCUUGGGCUAAAAAGAAUGGUCUGAAGGGUGAUUUCAAUAAACUGUGCUUGGAACCUAAACUGAAGUCCUUUAUACUCGAACAGCUGACUGAUAUUGCUAAAAAGAACAAUCUUAAAGGAUUUGAAUACAUCAAGGCCAUUCAUAUAGAUCCUCAACCGUUCGACGUGGAAAGAAAUUUACUGACUCCAACUAAUAAGAAAAAGAGACCACAAAUGGCAAAAUACUAUGAGAAACAAAUCGAGGAGAUGUACCUGAGUUUGAAGACGAAGUGACAUGAUUCUUCAAAAGCAGAAAUCUGGAGUACCAAAUUGUAUCUGUAUAUUUUGGUUAUUUUAAGUAGUAAAUGUUAGCGUCGAUCACCCAUUGUCGGUUAUUGGCUAUAGAAAUUCCUUGAAAAUGUAAUUUGUCGCAUGUCAACUGUCUUUUAUCUGGAAGGUGGCAAACACUACUUGAAAGCCUGUAUAAUGCUAUCAGUAAUCUUUCUAACACAAUCAAUAAACAGAAAUAAUAAGUUAAAUUUGUUUAAUUGAAAAUUUGAAUCCGGUUUCUCUCA